CGCGCUAGCCGCCGCCUCCGUAGUCACCGCCGGCAGGCAGCGAGACAACGCCCGCAAUGACGCCUCGCACACGAGCCAUGGACGCCGCCGUCUCCUUCGCUCUGCUGCUGCUUGCCUUCGCUGCCGUACUUCCUUCAUCGGCACUCAAUCUACCCAGCUACAUAAAGCCGUGCUCCAAGAAUGACCCGAACCUCAACGACUGCGCCUACAAGCAUGCACAAGAGGCCAUCCCGAGCAUCCUCAAAGGAGACCGCAAUUACAACGUGCCGGCUAUGAACCCCCUCAAGGUGAGUCAGAUCAAGGUGAGCCCCGGCGACGGCAGCGUGGGACUCGGCAUAACCUUCAAUGACGUCAACCUUUACGGCAUCACCGACGCGGUCAUCAAGGAGACCAACUUCGAUCUCGCCAAAAACCAAGCUGUGAUAAAAGCCAGCGUGCCUGUAGCUCAGAUGGUGGGCAAGUACGUCGUGGACGGCAAGAUCCUUGUGGUACCCAUCAAGGGCAACGGAGACUCCAACAUCACACUCACUGACUUGGACCUCGCCGUCACGGUGCACUGGGAGCUGGAGAAGAGAGACGACGGAAAGGAGUACAUUAAGCCUUUGCACUCGGACAUCAAGUACGACUUGAGCCGUGCCUACAUCAACCUGGACGGCCUGUUCGGUGGCGACAAGGCUCUGAGUGACAACACUAACAAAUUUCUUAACGAAAACUGGCAGGACGUGGCGAAGGAGAUUGGUCCGGCAUUGGCGGAGGCGCUGGGCGCGGUGGUGACGCAGAUUCUGUCCGGCAUCACAAGCCUGGUGCCUUACCAUGAGGUCUUCCUAGAGAACGUAGUUGUUAAACUCUUCUUUGCACAACGCAUCAUCUUGCCAGAUGAACACAUGAGCCAUAGAGCUCAUCUCAGUGCAGCUGGCCCCCGCAGCGACUCCGACAUGGCCGCCUCUGCCACCGCCUGCCGCUUGCCGCCGCUGCUGCUUCUGGCGUUGGCCAUCACCGCCGUCGCACCAGCUUCAGCCCUCCAGUUGCCCGAAUACAUCAAAUCAUGUUCCAGAAACGAUCCGGAUCUCAAUGCUUGUGCCUACAAGAACGCUCUGGAAGCUAUACCGAACCUUAUAAAAGGUGACCGCCAGUACAACGUUCCGCCGCUGAACCCGCUCAAGGUGACUGAGAUCAAGGUGAGCGGCGGCGAAGGCAGCGUAGGACUAGACAUCACUUUCCGUGACGUCAGCUUCCACGGCUUCACUGAGGCGGUCGUCAAGGAGACUAACUUCGACCUCGCCAACAACAAAGCGGAAAUUAAGGCAUCCGUCCCUGUGGGCCAACUGCUGGGGAAAUACGAGGUGGACGGCAAAGUCCUCGUGCUGCCCAUCAAGGGCAGCGGAGAUGCCAACAUCACACUCACUGACUUAGAUGUCGACAUCACGGUGCAGUGGGAACUGGAGACGAAAGACGACGGGAAGGAGUACAUCAAGCCCGUGGACUCGGACAUCAAGUACGAGAUGAGCCGCGCUUACAUGUACCUGGACAAUCUGUUCGACGGGGACAAGCUUCUCGGGGACAACACGAACCAGUUCCUGAACGAGAACUGGCAGGAGGUGGUGAAGGAGAUCGGCCCCGCCCUGGCCGAGGCGCUGUCCCAGGUGGUGACGCUGGUGCUGUCCGGCAUCGCCGGCCUCGUGCCCUACGACGAGGUCUUCCCGGAGGCGGUGUAGUCCGCCGCCGGUCACCACAGAACGAGCGACAUUUUUGAUUCUGUUAUUGACAUGAUGUAGACACUGUUAACUUCUUGUGUAGUGGUGAAAUUAAAUCCAAAAUACUUCUUGCUUA